GGUGGCGGGAAGAAGGCGUUGCCGAGGCUCCGCCCCUUCCUUUCGCCGCCGCUCUGCCCUCGCGAGCGCACGUCCCAGGCCCGUGUCCCGCGCCGCCGCCGCCGCCCAGGAUGCGUUACGUCGCAGCUUAUCUGCUCGCAGUGCUCGGGGGCAACGAGUCCCCCACGUCCAAGGACCUGAAAAAGAUCCUCGACAGCGUCGGCAUCGAGACGGACGAUGAACGCAUGAACAAGGUUAUUAGUGAGCUGAAUGGAAAAAACAUUGAAGAUGUAAUUGCUCAGGGUAAUGGAAAGCUUGCCAGCAUGCCGGCUGGGGGAGCGGUGGCAGUCUCUGCUGGAGGGGGCUCUGCUGCUCCUGCUGCAGCUGCUGCCCCUGCUGCCGCUGAGGAGAAGAAAGAAGAGAAGAAGGAGGAAUCUGAAGAAUCUGAUGAUGACAUGGGAUUUGGCCUCUUUGAUUAAUUAUUUGUUAUAGAGAAGUUAUUAAAAUUCUUUGUUUUAAAUGUU